CCUGUUGCUGUCAGGCAGUGGUCUGCUGCACGCCGUCGUGGGAGGAUGGGUUGCGACGCUCUCUUGCCGGGCCUUGGGGAUUUUGAGUAUGUGCUAACUGUUGUGGGACUGCUCACUGUGAUCAAGUUCGUGGCGCAGAUAGCGUGGGCCGUGGGCAAUGGCGUGCGGGCGUACUUCUGGUCCAGGCUGUGGCAGAAGCGGCUGGUGGAGACGUACGGCAAGUGGGCAGUGGUGACGGGCAGCACUGAUGGCAUUGGAAAGGAGUAUGCCAAGGAGCUGGCCAAGAGGGGCAUGAACCUGGUCCUCAUAUCACGUUCCAUGGACAAACUGCAGAAGGUCUCCACGGAAAUUGCCCAGGAGUUUGGCGUGGAGACAGAAGUGGUGCAAGCGGAUUUCAUGGAUGGACGUCCCAUUUACGAGGAUAUUGCCAAGCGCCUGCAGGACAAAGACAUAGGAGUCCUUGUGAACAAUGUUGGGGUCAUGCUGUCACACCCCAUGGAGUUUGAACUGGCCUCAGAGAAGGACAUCUGGAGCCAUGUUAAUGUCAAUGUGGCCUCAGUGCCAGCCAUGUCCAAGAUAGUGUUGCCAGGUAUGCUGAGCCGUGGCCGGGGUGCCGUAGUCAACCUGGCCUCCAUCGCCGGCUACCACCCCAUCCCUCUCAUGGGCAUCUAUUCUGCCACCAAGGCAUUUGUUGACUACUUCUCCCAAGCCAUGGCAUGGGAGUACCGAGGCUCCGGCAUCACUGUACAGACCCUCACCCCGUCCUAUGUGUCCACCAAUAUGACCAAGUUCUCUGAGCUCGUCCAUAAGCCUAGCUUACUUAUUCCCACUGCUGCAACAUACGCUGCCAGUGCCAUACACACCCUUGGCUAUGCUGGCCGUACUGCAGGCUAUUGGGUUCAUUGUGUCCAGACUUACUUAGUGGAGAACUUUGUCAACUCAUGGAUGUUCAUGCUGGGCAACUACCUGUGGAACUCCCUGCUGUUGCGCACAAUGAAGAAGAAUCAGGCCACCAGCCGAGGGUAGCAAGUGGCAGUGUGUCCAGGUGUUAUUACAAGGCUGGGUGGAGCUCCUUGGACGUGUCUCUCAUAGUCGCUCUCUCCUCUGCCUUCCUCACUUCUAAGUUACAUAAAAUGUUAUAGUCUGCUCUCAACAAAGGAAGGAAGGAAGUAGGUGUUUAGACUGCCUUUUAUCUAAUUAUUAGAAUGAUUUGCAAGUGUACCUGUACACCAUGACAGUGUUCUUAAUCUUGAAACAUUGCUGUGUCUAGCUUUGGUUGGCACUGCUGGAUAGAACAUGUACUCUUGUGUCUUACAAUUUCCAGCUUUUCACCAUUCUCAAAACAUCCAUAAACUUGCAGAAUGUUACAUGAUGAAGGAAGAUGGAGUCAGAUUAUGUUAUAGGUCUAUUAUAUUUUGGUUUUAAACUUUUCUUUAAUGAUUAACAACCCAACAAGACUACUUUACUUGGCUGUCAGGGCUCACAUUUCUCAAUUUGCUAUCAAGUUUUUUUUAUCAAACUCAUCCUGUUCAAAUAUGCAUGCAUAGCUGUACUUCUCAAGAACUUGUGAGAUGUAUCAUUACUAACUUAAACAUUCAAUUGUUUGGAUAAUUUGAAACCAGUUACAACACACAUGGGAAGAGAGGAACUCCAAUAAUCAUUUCCUUCACUGAGCAUUGAGAAAAUAGGUGAUAGAUCAGUUAUGUUGUGGAUCCUCUUUAUUUUUAUACAAAGCUAUUUCAUAAUUUAAAGUUAGAAAUUUUAUCAGAAUUUGACAUCUGUUUAUACCUAUACAAUUUUCCUUAUAAAGCAGAAUAAUUAAGACAAGUAUGUCUUCACUUUUACAUGCAUUCUUUCAAUUCACAUUUAUGCCUCUAGGAGAGAGGAUUGAUCCUCAUUGGCCACAGUGUGACUGGGUGUGCUGCACAGCGUGCCUGGUUCUCCUUACAUCAGAGCCUUACAGCAGUGCUAGCUUGCUUCUGCCAGAACAUAAAAAAAUCCUCUUUUCCAAACCUGAUCUGAUCAGCUAAUUGGACCAGAAAUGGUUGAACAAGGCUGAUGUUUUGAAUUUUAAAUUUUGCUACACUUUGAUGCAUAUAUGUUUUUUAAUUAUUUUGUUCAAGUUAAUUUUAUGAUAUUUGUAAUGUGAUGUGAAGAUUUUAGAAACACUGAAAUGCAGUAUUAUAAUUCUUAAA